AUGAGUUUAUCAGAUUUGAAGAACAGCAUCUUGGAGAAGCUUGGCGUGUUGGGUAGCAAGUGGGUGAAGAAACUAUUCUACAAGAUUCCCAUGGCGGUUGUCUCGACCGGUGUUCAGUAUGAAACCUUUGCGGUUAAGGCUGAUGAAGAUAUUAGGGUUCUGUUCUACUGUGUAAGGAGUUUUUCGGAGAUCAGAAUACAUGAGUUGUUCGCGAAGUUGGAGGUUGGUGUCGAUAGUUCUGGGGCAUCCGCUCCAGUUCCUUGCCCAGCUGCCGCGGUUGGUGCAUCUAGUUCGAUGCCUGCGGUCAGACCGUAUCUUUUGCCGGUUCAAUCACCUUCGUUUGCGGCUGAUUUAGACCGAACGGAGGUUGUUGGUUCUGUACCUUUGGAGAAUGCAGCAGUCAUUGAGCCUCCCCACGUUGUGGGCACCGGUGGCGGCCUCGUACCUUAUAUCGAAGACUUUGGUGGACCUGAUCAAGUAGAGAAUGCAAUGCGUGACGAUGAGUCUGACCAGGAGCCUGUUGAUAUCGAUGGUGACAGCGACGAUGACAUAGGUGGCGAUGCACAUGCGCAGCAUCGGCCUUCAAGUUCUGGUUCUCAUCAGUACCCUCCACACUUCUCCACACUAAACUUGGAAGCUCUUGGUCAACAGGAAGACAGUGGUGUUGAGUACAGAGUCAUCGAAUCGGAUCAUUUGAAGUAUCAUGGAAAAUGUAAGGAAUUCGGCAAGGGUUGUAGUUGGUUGAUUCGUGUAGCGCUUCGUGCACGAAAGGGGACUUGGGAGGUUAGGAGGUACAACGGGCCAUACACAUGCCUCGCAACUUCUAUUUCAAGUGAUCACCGUCAGCUGGAUUACCACGUUAUAUGUGCGAGGAUUCUUCCUAUGGUAAGGGCCGAUGCUGCGGUUACGGUAAAGGUACUUCAACAAGCGACAGAAGCUGAUUACGGUUUCAAGCCUAGUUACAGGAAGGUUUGGAUGGCUAAGCAGAAGGCAGUGGCACAAACAUACGGAGAUUGGGAAGAGUCUUACGCGGAGUUGCCACGUUGGAUGCUAGGGAUCCAGGCGACAAUGCCGGGAACAAUCACGGUGCUGAAGACGUCUCCUGUUCGGAUUGGUGGUGGGGUUGAUGAGUCCACGGUGUACUUUCACCGGCUUUUCUGGACAUUUCCACCCUGUAUCGAGGCAUUCCGGCAUUGCAAGCCCCUCGUCAGUAUUGAUGGUACCCACUUGUAUGGGAAGUAUGGAGGCACGCUGCUGUUGGCGAUAGCUCAGGACGGGAACUCGAACAUCCUCCCGAUAGCAUUUGCCCUAGUGGAGGGCGAAAAUGCAGAAUCGUGGUCAUUCUUCUUGUCCAAUCUCCGAGAGCAUGUGACUCCUCAGGAGGGUAUCCUUGUUAUCUCUGACAGGCAUAAUGGGAUCAAGGCAGCGCUUGAGGCACCUGAGAUUGGAUGGCUGCCUCCUCGGGCUUUCCGGGCCUACUGUAUAAGGCAUGUGGCUGCGAAUUUCGCCCUAACGUUCAAAGGUAAGGACUCAAGGAGGAUGCUGGUGAAUGCUGCCUACGCAAAGACUGAGGCAGAGUUUUACUACUGGUUCGACAUCAUGCGGACUGAGAAUCCAGCAAUGUGUGACUGGGCCAACCGUAUGGAGUAUGACAAAUGGACCCAACAUGAGGAUGCUAGUCGACGGUUCGGGCACAUGACCACAAACAUCAGUGAAUGUGUGAACUCCAUGCUAAAGGGAACUCGCAACCUGCCGGUCACAUCGUUGGUUAAGUCAACCUACGGGAGGCUUGCUCAGCUAUUUGUGGCAUUGGUCAAGGUUAUUGAUCGGAACCUAAGAGACUCUAGGUGCUUCAAUGUGACAUUAUACGACAGGCAUCAGUCCGAGUACACCGUCGCUGAGACAACACCAACGGGGACCUUCUCGCUGGGUAGCUAUAGAGUUUCCCUUAAAGAUCACCGAUGCGACUGUGGCCACUUCCAGGCGCUGCAUUAUCCUUGUUGCCACGCCAUUGCGUGUUGCGCCUACUCCCAGCUUAACUGGGCGUCAUAUGUUCACGAGGUGUAUCAUAUGAGUGAGGUAUUCAACGUUUACAAUCAGGGGUUUCUCCCACCUAUCCCUGAAGGACUAUGGCCUCCAUAUGCUGGGCCAACCAUCAUUCCUGACCCUAAUAUGCGGCGUGCAAAGGAAGGUCGUCCAAAGGCAACCAGGAUCCGUGGAAGUAUGGAUCAGUCUCAGGAGAAUCAGCCGAAGCGUUGUGGGCUAUGCCGUUAG